AUGAAAUCCUUCCUCCUCGCCUCCCUCCUCUCCCCCCUCCUCACCUACGCCGCCAGCCCCGCCAACCCCUUCUCCAAUUACUUCCUCAUCGGUUUCGCCGACAAUGGCCCUCUAAUUCGCUCCGUCACUACCGUUCUCGUUCUUCCUCCUAUUGACCAGAAUCAAACUGGAUUUUUAAAAGUUUAUCCUGAAUUGGCGACGGCUUUUGAUAAGGGAGGGAGUGUGACGGGGACGGGAAUUGCGCUGUUGGAUGAUCGAAACCCAUGUCCCAACAACCUCCAAGACUGGUGUGUAGGAGCCCGUCUCGUCUUUGGAGAUGCGCAAAAUUCAGGAGAUUAUGCUCCUGCUCCAGUUGGAUCCAAGCUGGGAGUUUCCAUAACCUACGACCCCCCUUCCAAAAAACACAACAUCGCAGUAACCGUCAACGGAAAACUCGUUUCUUCUCUCCCUCCAACUUCACCAGAUAAUCUCGAGGUCGGCCGCGCCAUCGGCUUCCGCACACAAAUCGAAUGUCAACUCGACCCUUGCGGAACCGUCAAUAAACACGAAUAUCUCGAUACGAGAGUGGUGUUGGACAAGAAGGAUAUGAGUUUUGGUGACACGGCUGUGGGGAAUAAGGCCAAAGCAACCUGGAAGACUCCGGAUGGAGGCUUGACGUGGACGGCGGAUAAGAUUGUUGUCGAGGCGCAUACUUAUGCGUAG